AUGGGUGAUUCUCAGCAGAAUAAACCUAUUGUGAACGAGUUCCUCGCUUUUCUUCAACGCAAAAACAAGCUGGUGCUGGAAGGAGCGAUGGAUGCGAAGACGGCUGUCCAGAUGAAUUCGCGUGCGUCGAGUUUCACCAUCGAUGACAUCUGUGAAGCUAAGCAAGUGCUGUGCCAGUCCCUUGGGAUUGCCGGCACCUAUGUUCCACACCGACGAGGGGAUGAAAACGGACAGAAGACCCUUGAAGAUAUAAAGAAAAUCCUCAGGGAGAAUCAAGACCGGAUUCCGGAGUUCGUGGCGACGGCGUCGUGUAUUCCGGAAAAUCUCGACAUUAGCAGCUUGUUUAAGGAAAUCGAGGUCCUUAAAACAAGUUUAGCCGAAAUGAGUAGCAAAUUUGAAGCCAGCCUUAUUACCAUUGCUGAUUUACGCAACGAAAUAGCAUGUUUGCGGAAUGUCCCAACUCAGCCGGCCGCUUCAAAUUUCGAACGUGACUCGCGACCUGACACACGUGUCAAGUCAGUUCGAUUACCUGUUGACGCUGUAAAAAGUGUCGCAAGCGCCGCCCCGCCGCCCGCGCGCCCUCCGCGCGUGCAGCCGCCUGCCCCUUCGAGCUUACGUCAGCGUUCAUACGCUAGCGUCACCGGCCGGCAGCCAGCAGCUGACCGGGUCAGCAUUCCUUCUAAGAAAUGUGAAUCACGGGCUCUUUUUAAGGAGAAGUCCUCCCGCACCAAUGUAGAUACGGAGGGAUUCACAUUGGUGGAAAGGAAAAGCAAGGCGCGUAGGGCGCCUCGUAAGACUGUGAGUGGCACUGCGGAUCCGGGUAAUUCUGGUCUUCGGGUCGCCACACCAAGUAAGCCGCUCUACGUGUCUCGCCUGCAUUACUCCACCGUGGCCGACGAAGUGGUGGAAUACGCUUCAACGAAACCAAAAAUCGACCAAAAUGACGUAAAAUCCAAGUGA